CAUCAGAGGCUCCUGAUUACCAGAGAGGGUGGCCCAGGACAGAACCUGCCUCUGCUCUCCUCGCAGACUCCACGGGGCUGGUCCCCGGCCCUGGAGGAACUUAGCAGGGCCCUCUGGCCAACCUAGGACCCCGAGAUGGCCUCCAGCUCAGCCAGCACCCCCCGCCCGGCCCCUGAUGAGAAUGAGUUUCUCUUUGGGUGUCCCGCCACCGUUUGCCAGGACUCACCGGAGCCCAGGGCCCUCUGCUGCACAGGCUGUCUCUCUGAAAACCUGAGGAACGACGAGGAUCGGAUCUGUCCCAAAUGCAGAGGGGACACCCUCCAAUCUGUAAGCCCAGGAAGCCUUCUGACUCAGGAGAAGGUUCACCCCGAGGUGGCUGAGGCUGGAGUUGGAUGCCCCUUUGCAGGUGUUGGCUGUUCCUUCAAGGGGAACCCACAGUCCAUGCAGGAGCAUGAGGUCACCUCCCAGGCCUCCCACCUAAACUUGCUGUUGGGGUUCAUGAAACAUUGGAAGGUCCAGGUGGGCUCUGGCCUGGGAUCUGGGCCCAUGGCUCUGGAGCAGAACCUGUCAGACCUGCAGCUGCAGGCAGCCGUGGAGGUGGCGGGGGACCUGGAGGUGGACUGCUACCGGGCACCUUGCUCUGAGAGCCAGGAGGAGCUGGCCCUGCAGCACUUCAUGAAGGAAAAGCUCCUGGCCGAGCUGGAAGGGAAGCUGCGUGUGUUUGAGAACAUUGUCGCCGUCCUCAACAAGGAGGUGGAGGCCUCCCACCUGGCCUUGACUGCCUCCAUCCACCAGAGCCAGCUGGACCGUGAGCGCAUCCUGAGCUUGGAACAGAGGGUGGUGGAGUUGCAGCAGACCCUGGCCCAGAAAGACCAAGCCCUGGGCAAGCUGGAGCAGAGCUUGCGCCUCAUGGAGGAAGCCUCCUUCGAUGGCACCUUCCUGUGGAAGAUCACCAAUGUCACCAGGAGGUGCCACGAGUCGGCCUGUGGCAGAACCAUCAGCCUCUUCUCCCCAGCUUUCUACACUGCCAAAUAUGGCUACAAGUUGUGCCUACGUCUCUACCUGAAUGGGGAUGGCACAGGAAAGAGGACCCACCUGUCACUCUUCAUCGUGAUCAUGAGAGGAGAGUAUGAUGCUCUGCUGCAGUGGCCUUUCCGGAACAAGGUCACCUUCAUGCUGCUCGACCAGAACAACCGUGAGCACGCCAUUGAUGCCUUCCGGCCCGACUUGAGCUCAGCGUCCUUCCAGCGGCCUCAGAGUGAAACCAACGUGGCCAGUGGCUGCCCGCUCUUCUUCCCCCUCAGCAGGCUGCAGUCACCCAAGCACGCCUACGUGAAGGACGACACCAUGUUCCUCAAAUGCAUAGUGGAGACCAGUGCUUAGGGCAAGCAGAGCUCCUCAGGGAGCACAGACUCAGACUGGGGGGCCUAGCAGGAUGGCUGUGAUGUCUUGCCCUUGGCACCCAAGAUCCAAGGGCACAAGGAUGGGAUGAUCUGAAUAGGACUGAUGGGUGACUGGGGCUGUCCACCAGCUUAGGAUGGCAGGACCUGGGGCUGGGCCUACAGAGGCAAGGGAUCUGGAAAAAGGCAGGUUAGGAUUGCUCUCCUCCACACCAACCACACAACACUAGAAGGCCGGGUAGCCACUCCAGCCCUGAAUGUUGAUGUGGACUCCAACCAAAAUCUGGAGAAAAUGGGGCCAGGCCUGGGGCACGGAUGCUGAACUGGAACUGUGGGACCUGAUCAGAGAAGCUCUUGGGAUAGGGAGGUCUCUGCAGAGCCACCAGGGAGAGCUGGAAACAUGCUUGCUCUCCUCCUGCCCAGGGGCAGAACCAGGACCAGGCGGUGGAAGGGACGGGGUGCCAACAUGAAUUCAAUCUGGCCCAGUAUGAGUUCCCCAUCACUGGAGGUGAACCAGC